AUGACUUUUCCGUCUGUUCCAGUCUUUGGACAGUCUGCGCUCAAUGAGCAAGCAUCCGUAGAGGACCAGUUCCUCGACUUCCAAUUUUCAGAAAAUGACAGUGCGCUCCCAGCACACCAGCUCCCUGUCUUUCACAAUCCUGUGGUAUACCCGUUUCUAGGAGAUGCUCCCUUUCUGGACAUAGACCAAGACUUGUUUCGAGAACCUGCAUUCAACUUGCAGACUGCUGACGGGGCUGCAUCACCCAUUUAUUCCCCAUACUCGGCUCAGAAUGGGUUCAGCCCUGGCAUCGCCUCGCUCGAACCAUACCUGUUUUCCCCUAAUCAGUUACCUACCGGUACAAAUGAGACGGACCCCAAGGACCUAAGGGGUCCGAAUCCGCCUUCAAGCCCGUCCAGUUCCGAGCGACCUAAACGGGGUGGCAAGCUAGCAGGACAGUCCCUCUUCGCCUCCGGUGAAUUCUCCGCCGUUGGUUCAACCAACCCAGCUAAAAGAGGUCGCAAACCGAAACCCAAGGAAUCACCGAGCGAUCCCAAAGCGGACAUGCUCAAAGCCAAGGCAACCCAUUCCGAAAUCGAGCGUCGAUACCGUGAUAAUCUGAAGGAUAAGAUCCUCCAGCUUCAUCGAACUCUCCUCGGAAUUGGGGCGAACCCUCGGACGUUCCAUCACCAAGCCCCAUCUAGCUCGUCUACCUCAACCCAAGCUGGGAAAGUCCAUAAAGCUGAAAUUUUCACCAAUGCCAUCGACUACAUACACCAGUCUGAGCUGGAGAUACAGUAUAUGACCAACGAGAUCGAACAGUUGAGGAGCCAACUCUAUCAACUCGAGCAAGUGGUGGGAUCUAGGGACGAAGUUUUCCGAACCUAG